GCAACGGGAGGGUUAUCGUCCCGGUCUGGGUUCUGGCUCCCUGAUGUUAGAAAACUGCGGUCCGGGAGCAGCCUGAGGAGCCCGGGCCAUGGCCAGCGGGCGGACUACGGCCCUGGGAGGGAAUGCCACUGGAAGGAGUGUGUCCAUCUCUAAAUGGAAGAGUGUUUUGUCUAGAGUGAGGUCCUCCCUGUGCAUGUUCCAAAGAGCCCAGAAGAAGCCUGCAGAACCACAGAAGCUCCACAGGGAGUGGGCCCAGUCCAACGACUCCAGAAAUACGGAGUGGCCAUUACCCCAGUUUGUCUCUCUCUUCUUUCCGGAGUUCACCUACCGAUCGCAGCAGCUGGAGUGGGAAUUCCAGGACAUUGAGAUCAUUGCCAAAGGAUCCAUUGGACCGAUUCUGAAAGUCUGUAAAAGGACCGAUGAGCAGAUCUACGCUCUCAAGGUACUGCUGAAGGCAGAGAUAUUUCGACAGGGAAUGCUGCAGCAGUGCAAGGAGAGCCACUCUUCAGUGUAUGAUUACCACAGCACGGGAGACCUCUACAUGCUCUGGAGAGGCUGUGACUCAUUGGAUGAGGACACAGUGCGAGUGUUUGCAGCUGAAUUAGGCUCCGCUAUUGGAUUCCUCCAUGAUUUGGGUAUUAUUCACCGCGAUGUAAAGAUGGAGAAUGUUCUGCUGAAUGAACGAGGUCACCUCAAGUUGGCAGAUUUUGGUUUUUGCCGCAGACUGUGCCGGGGAGAGAGGGCUUUCACCAUCUGUGGGACCAUGCAGUACAUGGCUCCUGAAGUGUUAAGGGGUGGUCCGUACAACCAUGCAGCUGACUGGUGGUCUCUCGGAAUCCUCCUCUUCGCUCUGCUCAUCGGCAAGUUUCCUGUUGAGCCGCAGAGUGAUCACAUCUCGAUGCUGGUGAGUGUGGAGCAAGCAGACAUGAGGCCACCCUCCUCCAUCAGCCAGAACCUCACCCUCCUGCUCGCUGAGCUUCUGUGCAGAGACCCUCAGCUCCGUUUACACCACCUCGAUUUGUUCAGUCAGCAUCGCUACUUCCACGGUCUGUCCUUUGAUCCUGAAUCACUGCAGAAGCUGCCCCUGAAACUUCAUCUCACCAGCAACAAACACUUGACUCAAAUCAAACCCGAUCCCACUGUCUUCAGGGGCUUCGACUGUGACCUGCUGAAAGCUUGAGGCUUCUGAGAGCAGGACAGUGGAUAAUGUGUGUGUCUGUCCCUCUCCUGAUCACUGACGGAAAGAUAGUUUCUCAAUCACCCUAGCUAAUGUGCAUUUACUCACUAAGUCCAUCUUCACUCACGCGCUCUGUGCUUUUCUCUCUCUCUCUCACACUUGUCUCUCUCUCUCUGUAUCUUUCUACAUUCUCCCACUCACAUUUUCCCUCUGUGAAAGAAUGUGAGAAAAUAUCUCUUUCUUGGCUGUACCCUCAUGUGCUGUAUCUCUGCUCCAUCUUGUCUGCCCCCUCUGGUUCCCCAUCCUCUACUCUUUCUCAACCUCCCCCCUUAACCUCCUGGCACUAACAAACCCUCAGGAUGUUGCUGUGAGUAGUUUUAGGAAUCAUGCUUCCCAGAUCUCUGGUCUUUGUGUUAGAUAUUCCUUUUGUAUAAGCUUGUUUUGGACAGUGGCUUCUUUUGGAGCUCAGUGCUGAAGGUUAACAGGCUGUAUUAAACUGGAGGUCCCAUACAGCAUGACCCUCAUCAUCUGGUCGGGACUCAUCUGUCUCUGUAUAACACUGGGGUACAGUACCGGUGGGGACAGGUCUGUCACUGUGUAACACUGG